AGUUUGAAAACGGUUGCCGACCUACAAGUGCCGAUAUACGAUCGCGCGUUAAGUAUUUUCACUUUGUGUGGUGCGCUCUGUUAUGAGAUUGAUGGUGAACUACUCGCUUCGAAGAAUGAGUUUAAUUUAGUGGAUUUGCUUUGUGUGCUGGGAAAGAAAUUGACAACAAUAAUUAGAUUAAAGCAAAUUAAAGAUCAUUUUGAAAUAAAAUAAAAUGAGUGACAAACUUAGAAAACUUCUCCUAUUUGGACUAUUUCUUUUAUUUUUAAACGUAUGCAAAGCCGUUAAAAUAAACAGCAUUACAGUGCCUCAACGCUAUGAAAUAAAAGAUGACACAGAACCAUUGAUUUUUAAUUGUGAUUUUACGGUUAGCGAUGCUGAUACAGGAUUUGUACUUAAAUGGUUACAUAACAAUAUAGCGAUAUACCAAUGGAUUCCAUCGAAACAUCCUUUUGGAUUGGGUCAUUUUAAAGGGCGAGUAGAUUUGAACUACACAUUGCCGACAAAUGAUCGGUUAAAAAAACACAGUGCCUUAGUCAUAACAAAGCCUUUAUUAACUGAUAGCGGGAACUACACGUGUAGUGUACAAACGUUUCAAGGAGCUGAUAGGAAAACAGAUGAAAUUCAAAUUAUUGAUCCGGAAGAUUCGAUAGAUUUAUCAUAUCAAUUUGAGGCUGAUGGAAUGGUUAAAUUAAAAUGUUCUGUUUAUAACAUUUAUCCAGUACCAGAAGUUGAUUUUCUAUUAGACAAUAAAGAGCUAAAUUCGGCCAAUGACAAAGACGUUCAACAAGAUACUGAACUUUUCAAUAUCACUGUUACAACGGUUCUAAAUAAAACUGAAAUUGUUGAUGAUUCACCAAUGACAUGUGUCGUGAAAAUACCAAAUACUGACUACAUAAAACAAGAACACAAAAUUUAUGAUGACCCAAACAAACCAGCAGCAACUAAAACUUCUAUUCUUGGAUUAACAAAGCUCGAACAAUCAGACGCAGCUUCUAAUGAAAAUAAUGCAGAAGGAAUCAGAUUGUCUUCUACCGCAAUGUUUUCGUCGCUGUUACUUGUAGUUGCUACUUUCGCACGUUUUUAAAACUGAAUUUUGUUUUUCUUUUCUUGUACAACGAAGGAUCGGUGUAAUAAUUAAUGUGGAAAGUCAAAGUUAAUAUUGAUUUUAUGCAUAAAUUUUCAAUUAACAAACCCUUAUGCCAAAAAUUACGUAUAUUACUUACCAUAGUUUAUUUAUUGUGAGCCAAAGUAGAUUCAUUAAAAUAAACUUAUUUGUCGAAGCUUUAAAUAAGCAUUUAAGGAAAGCUUAAAAAACGGUUUCAGAAAUGAUAUAUUUGUCGAAGUAACAUAUAUGUAAAUUAUGUGUAAUCCUUUAAUUUCUAACAGAUAAUGUAAUUAAUAAUUGCAAUUUGUUGCAAUUCAAAAUAAAUGUUAUUUUUGUUCAUAAUCAAAUUAA